CCCAUGAGGAGGUGGGAGAUGAGUUUCUUGUCUGGUAGUUAAGAGAUCCUGGAGGAAGAGUACAAGAUAUCUGUUAUAAUUUAAUUACAUUAGUCUAUUAAAGCAAUCAUUAGCUCUUUUUGUGUCUGAAAUUGAUUCAAUCAGCUCCAUUCUGAAUUCUAUCGGAUGGACUGCAACAAGGAAGAGGCCAUCAGGGCCAAAAACAUUGCGGAGAAGAAGAUGCAAAGUAGGGAUUUUUCUGGGGCUCUUAAAAUUGCUGCCAAGGCCCAACAACUUUUUCAGGAUCUGGAGAAUAUAUCUCAGAUGAUAAUGGUGUGUGAUGUGCAUUGUGCUGCUGAGAAAAGAUUGUUUGGUAAUGAGAUGGAUUGGUAUGCCAUACUUAAGGUUGAGCCAACAGCUGAUGAAGCUACAAUUAAGAAGCAGUAUAGAAAAUUUGCCCUUCAACUUCACCCGGAUAAGAAUAAGUUUCCUGGUGCAGAGGCUGCUUUUAAGUUGAUUGGGGAUGCACAAAGAACUCUUUUGGAUCGAGGUAAAAGAUCUUCUCAUGACAUGAAACGCAAAGUGACAGUUAAUAGACCAGCUCCAGCUGCAGCAUUCCGGCCCUCACAGCAGCCAAGUUGGUAUCCACAUGCAGCUACACAGAAUAAUUUCCAUUCCAACUUUGCUGGUUUGAAUUCUCAACAGCAGCGACAACAACCAACUCAAACAGGGUUCUCCAAUGGCAGGCCCACUUUUUGGACCAAGUGUCCAUACUGUACCGUUAGGUAUCAAUAUUAUACAGAAGUACUUCACAGAUCUAUUCGUUGUCAGACUUGCAACAAGACCUUCAUUGCCUAUGAUUCAGGGGCAGUUCCACAGGCAACUAACAUGAGUCAGCCAAACUUUCCCCAACAAAGAGUUGUGCAGAAUCAGGCAAGUUACACAAGUCAACCAAAAUUUCCCCAACAAAAAGUUGUGCAGAAUCAGGGUUUUUGCAAAGUUGAUGAAGGAUCUCAAAGGAAUUUCACUGCUGAGAAUGUUUUUGAAGCCUUUUCUCCAAAUGCAGCUCGCACUUCAGAGGUUGAAACAGGAAAGGUGAAUGGUAAAAGAGUAAGGAAGCAAACGGUUGAAUCCAGUGAGAGCUGUGACAGUGAAAGCAGCAGUGAGUCUGAAGAGAAUAUGGUGAUUGAUGACAAUGGUGAUGUUCUGGCUGGAAAGAAGUUUGAUUCUCAAGUAGAGCAGAAUGUGCGGAGAUCUGGUAGGUGUAAGCAACAUGUUUCAUAUAAGGAAAAUUUAAGUGAUGAGGAGGACAUCGUUAGUCCUCCAAAAAAGGCUAAGGAAAGUGGAUCAAACUGUGCAACUGAAGAGAGUGAAGAAAUGCCGAAAGAGGACGAGUCUAAACAGAAAAAUCAAUCUGGUUUAGCUGGUGAAGUGAAAGAAGAUAAGAAAGCGGUGGACCAUAGUGAAGGUAAAAGUUUUGAAGUGAGCUUAGCCAAUGGUAAGAAGAAUAUUGGGAAAGGAUUUGAAAAGGAAACAGCCAAAGAGGAUGAUCUUAAGAAAACUAGCAAAGCUUAUGCUGAUGGUGUUAAGAGAAAUCCAAACCCUAUUUUUGAUGACUCUCUAUCUGAUUCGAGCUUCAAAGAAACAAAAGAACCCCUGCUUUUUGAAUUCCCUGAUCCAGAGUUUAAUGACUUUGACAAGGAGAAUAAAGAAGGGUGUUUUUCAGUGGGGCAGAUUUGGGCUUUGUACGAUACACUGGAUGCCAUGCCUAGAUUCUAUGCUCGGAUCAGAAAAGUCUUCUCUUCUGGGUUCAAGCUGAGGAUAACCUGGCUAGAACCUGAUCCAGAUGAUGAGAAUGAAAUAAAAUGGGUCAGUGAAGGUUUGCCAGCUUCUUGUGGUAAGUUUAAACAUGGGGCCGCUGAAAACGUUGAAGAUCAUCUUAUGUUUUCCCAUUUGAUAUAUUGGGAAAAGGGAACCUGUAGAGAUACCUACAAGAUAUUUCCAAGAAAAGGAGAAACGUGGGCACUUUUUAAGGACUGGAAUAUCAAAUGGAGCGCGGAUACUGGCACUGACCGGAAAUACAAAUAUGAAUUUGUUGAGAUCUUAUCAGAGGAUGCUGAAGGUGUAGGUAUACUUGUUGCAUACUUGACUAAGGUUGAAGGCUUUGUGAGUGUCUUCUGUCAAAUGAGUAAGGAUGGAGUUGAUACAUUUGUAAUUCCACCCAAUGAACUAUUCAGGUUUUCCCACAAGGUUCCGUCCUUUGUGCUGACUGGUGAAGAGAGAAAAGGAGUGCCAAAAGGUUCCUUUGAACUCGAUCCAGCUUCAUUGCCUGAAGAAAUUUUUGUUCCCAAGGACUUGAAGGUGGAUGGUGAUGGCAAACAUCUAAAUAGCUUAUGUUUGAGUGCUUCAGAAACAGUGAAGCCAAUGAUGGGAUCUGAUAAAACUGCUCCUUCAGCUUCGACCCUAGAAGCCCUUGAAAUUCCAGAAUCAGAAUUCUACAAUUUUGAUGCUGACAAAUCCCAGGAAAAGUUUCUCGUAGGUCAGAUUUGGGCAUUGUACAGUGAUGAGGAUGGCUUGCCAAAGUACUAUGGUGAGAUUAAGAAAAUUGAGUCCAACCCAGUUUUCAAAAUACAUGUGAGAUGGCUUCUUCCUUACCCAUCAAAAAACACAAUCGAGUGGUAUGAUACAGACAUGCCCACUUGUUGCGGGAGAUUUAGGAUUAAAAAGGAUUCCCAGGCCUACUCCUCCACUGAUUCCUUUUCUCAUAAGUUAAAAGCAGAGCCUACUGGUAGGAAGGAUGAAUACACCAUCUUACCUAGAAAAGGAGAGAUCUGGGCGUUGUAUAGGAACUGGACUCCUGAAAUUAAAUGUGCUGACUUGGAGAACUGGGAAUAUGACAUAGCACAGGUUAUGGAGGAAACUGAUUGGUGUAUAAAGGUUUUAGUUUUAGAGCCUGUGGGUGGCUUCAAUUCUGUUUUCAAGGCCCAAGUAAAAGGAAGAUCUAAUGUUACAAUUGAAAUCCCUCGGGUGGAUCAGAUUAGGUUCUCUCAUCAGAUUCCGUUUUUCCGGCUAACCAAUGAGAGAAAUGGCAGCCUAAGGGGCUUCUGGGAACUUGAUCCUGCAGCAUUGCCGGUACAUUAUUUUUCUUCAUAGUUAUGAGUAGCAAGAUAACAAGUCUAGUGCGGUCUCUUUUCUUACACCUUUAUGUGUACAUUACAUGCUCUUCUGGUCAGAGGGUACUUUUCCCACAGAGGCUGAUGUCUAAAACAGAACAACUUUGGGCGAAAGUCUCAUUUAGUGAGGUGUAACUGGAUGCUUAAGUUCUUAAUCCCAUUCAAUCAUGUUUUGAUGUGAAAUGGAACCUUAAAUAUCUGUUGAGCAGUGAAUGUAAUUACUCUCUGGUUAUAGUAGACCAGUUUGUUAGAAGUCCGGUUACAACUUCAACCAGCUUGACUCUUCUGAGGAUGUGAAUGUAUCUUCAACCCAUGUAGCAGCAGCCAGUCCAUAAUAAGAAAAGAAAAAAAUGAAGAUGAAAAAAGGGGCAUUCAGUGACCAUCAUACCAAAUGACCAGAUGCCCUUUUUUGUUAAAUUUUGAAUCUUUUUCACUUUUUCUUAUUACAAUAAAUAAAUAAAUAAGAAAACUCUACUAUACAGCUGAGGAAGGGUAAUAAAUUCCUCCUUGUGAUAAAGCAAAUAGGAAAUUCAAGACUGAACAAGAAAAUAAAUGAUGGCAAUGAAAACUACAAAUGCUUGAUCUUAAAAAAAAAAAAAAAAAA